AUGCGUUCUUCUACAGCCUUCGGCAUUCUCUCUUUCCUCGUCACGGCCAACGCCACACCCCUCCUUGUUCCUCGCAUCGACGAGUGCAAUCCCGGAGGAGGGUCCCAUGGCGGAGGUGCUGUGAUCCCCUCCUAUUGCUACCCAUCUGUGUCCUUGGCGACGUCGUCAGUCUACGCUUCGCCUUCGGACAUGACUCCCUCGUCAACGUCAAAAUGUCUCCCUUCCACUACAAGCACCUAUGUCACCGAUCCUUGCAACCCUGGUGGCGGAUCCCACGGUGGCGGUGCAAUCCUCCCAUCGUACUGCUACUCCUCGGCAUCUGCCUCAACUUCAUCAGCUUAUGUGUCCCCCUCCAACAUGGCACCUUCGUCGACUUCCAAGUGCCUUCCAUCGACUACGAGCACAUACGUCACCGACCCCUGCAACCCCGGCGGUGGUUCGCACGGGGGAGGCGCAGUGCUUCCUUCGUAUUGCUUCUCCAGCACGACCUCGGUUGUAACCUCAGCGUACGCCUCUCCAUCUGAUCAGGCGCCCGGCACGACUUCCAAGUGUCCAUCGGUAAGCCCAUCCCCGACGAGCUCCUACAACCCCGGAGGCGGAGAUCACGGCGGCGGCGCUGGCUCCCCCAUGUCCACUUCCAACUAG